UGUGAAAGAAGGAAAUUGGAAAUUUCUUUAUCGGACAAAGACGUUCUAGGUCUGCCACAGGUCGUUGCCGACUGGUGGUGGGUGUAAAACCCCGGCGCUGAUGUCCGCCAGGUAGACCCGGGUUGGCAUAAGUAAGCGACCGUCACUACGGAUACGCAGCUCACACAUACACGGUCACGCAACGCGAUGAGUGCGGUAGGCAGUAGACGGUGGUAUACAUAGAGGUUCUAGUGGCAGCGGGGUCAGUGUAAAACUGCCGUCUGUCCGUAACGUGUCGAACCGUAACGUUAGCCGGUCGUACAGUUCGACCGGCGCGACCGUCCUCCUUCAGUCCAGAGGAGGAGUCCUGCAUAAAGAGGAAGCGCCGACGGCGCUUCUAUCCGGGAAUUUUCUUAUCGCGAGGAGUUACGCCGAACACCGAAACCCUCGAAAUCCCCCCGCUUCUCCUGUACAAAAAAAAAAAAAAAUUCGAUGGACAAGCGGCCAUAUGGUGAAACAGCGGAGAUUUAUCGGAAAUACCAACAACAAGAUGAUCAAUAUACGAGAACCUUUGUAGAUAUUUUAGAAGGGUAAUACGCACGGUCCGAAUCUAGGAAACGUUGUUUCUCGUGAGUUAAAUGCGAAAGUAGGUCUGCACGAGAAAUUUCACAGAGGCAACUGUUGUCGUGCGUUGCAAGAAGAGUCACGAGAGAUUCGUCAACAGGAUCGCAAAACAUUCUGCGAUUCAGUCUCCGCGGUGGAGACGAGUGCUAGAUCCGUCGCGCGCGGAUCUAGGUGUGAUCUGAACUUGUGAUUCGAUUUCCUUUUUUCGCAUUUCGUCGAGAUUUAGAGAGAUUUUUUUCUCACUUUCUUAUUACGAUUUUUAGAUACCGUUGUUUAUUUUACCGGAAGAAGAGAGUGUGUAAGCCAAAGCUAUAAUCGAGAGUAUUAUCCGGAGUAUUGAUUUACGCUCGUACCAUUGACACAGAGGAAGCGGGACAAUUUUACGUAUCGCAGUCGAGGGGGACACGUGGUCGAGCUCUGUGGAAAAAAAAAACCGGACGGCGCUUUAAUUCCCGUCCGACCGAAUUUUCGACCCUCGUGCGCCGCGCCGGAGUUUUCGUCAUAAUGAGUCGUUAAUUAAGAAUGCACAAUGACGCAGCGAAUUUAUCCAUUGUCGACGAGCCCCCGCGAGGGGUCUCCGGAUAUCCAAAUGGAGACGCUCAUGGCGAAUCACUCCCCCCGCCAGGGAAGAAUAAUCUCGAGAUACACGCGACAAGACAAGGAGAAGGAUAAACACGAGGCCGAAUACAUGCUACGGGAAAAUGGCAAAGCAAUGGAAUUUGUGCCGCAGACGAAGGAGGAGGAGGAGGAGGACAAAUCAGCCUCGGACUCGAAAUCGCUGACCCCCGUGCCUUACUACAGACUGUUUCGAUUCGCAACGUGGUUCGAGUUGACGCUGAUCGCAUCAGGCAUCGUACUGGGUUGCUUCGUAGGCAUGUGCAUUCCAGCUGCGAUUAUCGAAUAUGGUGAAUUCAGCACUAUGCUUUUGGAUCGCAACAGGGAGAAUGACACUACCACACCGACCAUCAUAUUGCCAUGGUUCGGGGGUGGGAAGAUUUUAGGUCCUAAUUCGACCUACGAAGAAAGGAUGGACGCUCUUUACGACGAUGCGGUGGCUUUUGGGGCCGCCUGCGCGGCGCUAUCGGCGAUUAUGUUCGUCCUUUGCAUGCUCAUGGUCGACUUGCUCAAUUUCGCCGCCUCCAGGCAAAUCUCCAGGAUACGCAAGAUGUUCCUGAAAGCCGUUCUUAGGCAAGACAUGUCGUGGUACGACACAAACACAUCGACCAACUUCGCCAGCAGAAUUAACGAGGACCUGGAGAAGAUGAAGGACGGCAUGGGGGACAAGCUAAGCAUCAUCACGUAUUUAAUAAGCUCGUUCUUCGCCUCCGUUAUUAUCUCGUUCGUGUACGGCUGGAAGCUGACCCUGGUCAUGCUGAGCUGCGCGCCGAUCAUAGUGAUCGCCACGGCCGUGGUCGCCAAGGUGCAGAGUUCGCUCUCGGCCAUGGAGCUGGCGGCCUACGGCCAGGCCGGCAACGUCGCCGAGGAAGUUCUCGCCGCCAUCAGGACCGUGGUCGCCUUUAACGGCGAGCAGAAGGAGGUGGAGCGGUACACGGAGAAGCUCGGGCCCGCGGAAAAGACCGGCAUUAAGAGAGGCAUGUGGUCCGGGAUCGGCGGUGGCGUCAUGUGGCUCAUUAUAUACCUCAGCUACGCCCUCGCGUUCUGGUACGGGGUGCAAUUAAUCCUGGACGAUCGCCCGAAGGAGGUGAGAGAGUACACGCCGGCCGUGUUAGUGAUAGUGUUUUUCGGCGUCCUGUCCGGCGCGCAGAACAUGGGCCUGACCUCGCCGCAUCUCGAGGCGUUCGCGAUGGCGCGGGGCUCGGCGGCCGCGGUUUUCAACGUGAUCGACCGCGUGCCGGAGAUCGACAGCCUCAGCAGGGACGGUCGGAAGCUCGACUCGGUCAGGGGCGAGAUCGAGUUUAAGAACGUCGCGUUCCGCUACCCGGCGCGAAAGGACGUCCAGGUGCUCACCGCGCUGAACCUGAAGAUCAAUCGCGGCGAAACGGUGGCGCUCGUAGGCGAAUCCGGAUGCGGCAAAUCCACCUGCCUGCAGCUCGUCCAGCGGCUCUACGAUCCCCUUGACGGACAGGUCCUCCUGGACGGGGUCGACGUGUCGUCGUUGAACGUUCACUGGCUACGCUCGCACAUCGGCCUGGUCGGCCAGGAGCCGGUGCUCUUUGACACAACGAUACGCGAGAACAUUCGCUACGGAAAUGACAGGAUUACCGAGGAGGAGAUGAUCAAAGCCGCGAAGGAAGCGAACGCUCACGACUUCAUCAGCAAACUGCCGGAGGGAUACGAUAGCCCGGUAGGCGAGAGAGGCUCUCAGAUGUCGGGUGGACAGAAGCAGAGAAUCGCCAUCGCACGCGCGCUAGCGAGGAAUCCGGCGAUACUUCUGCUGGACGAGGCGACGUCUGCGUUGGACGUUCAUAGCGAGGCGACCGUGCAAAGGGCCCUCGACGCGGCGGCGAAGGGAAGAACGACGAUUAUAGUCAGCCACAGACUUUCCACCAUCACGAACGUCGACAGGAUCGUGUUUAUUAAGGACGGAGUCGUCGUCGAGCAGGGAACUCACGAGGAGUUAAUGGCGCUCAAAAAACACUAUUACGGACUGCAUGCCGCCCAUGCGGAAGCAGUGGCUAAAGAUAAGGUCACAAAAACCAAGAGCACGGUGUCCACCCCGAAGACGAAGAUGAAGAUAAAUCCGCCAUUGAACAAGCAAUUCUCAACGUUAUCCGCGCACUCCCAUCGACUAUCUCUCGCGAGAUCCGAGUCCUCGGAUGGGGAGGAAUUGGACGAGCAGGAGAAACCCUACGACGCGCCUAUGAUGAGGAUAUUCGGGCUGAACAGACCGGAAUGGCCGUACAAUUUAAUCGGAUGCAUCGCGGCGGCAACGGUCGGAGCCUCCUUCCCCGCCUUCGCUAUACUAUUCGGUGACAUCUACAAGAUAUUGAACAUCCCCGACCCCGACGAGACCAUGAAGGAGGUCAUUACCCUCUCGAUACUCUUCAUCGUCGUCGGCGUGCUGACCGGUCUCGGUACCUUCCUGCAGAUGCACAUGUUCGGCCUGUCCGGCGUGCGUAUGACGACGCGAAUAAGGAAGAUGGCGUUCACCGCGAUGCUGAAGCAGGAUAUGGGCUGGUACGACGACGACGCGAACAGCGUGGGCGCGCUCUGCGCGAGGCUGUCGUCGGACGCCGCGGCGGUUCAGGGCGCGACCGGGACCCGCGUCGGGUCCAUGCUCCAGGCCUUUUCCACCCUCGUGAUCGGCAUCGGGAUAUCCAUGUACUACACCUGGAAGAUGACGCUGGUCUCGGUGGUGUCGAUCCCGCUGGUGCUCGUCUCGGUGUUCUUCGAGGCGCGAGUCAUGGGCGGUCAGGGUAUGCAGGAGAAGAAGAAGAUGGAGUCGGCCACCCGGGUGGCCGUUGAGGCGAUAACGCACAUACGUACGGUAGCCAGCCUCAACAGGGAGGAGGCCUUCUACCAGAGGUACUGCAAGGAACUGGACCUCGUCGCCCAGGCGACCAAGGUCAAGAACAGGCUUAGGGGACUGGUAUACUCGUGUGGGCAGACCGUGCCGAUGUUCGGCUAUGCUAUAAGUCUCUACUAUGGCGGCUACCUGGUGGCCAGGGAAGGACUGAGCUACGAGAAGGUCAUCAAGGUGUCGGAGGCGUUGAUCUUCGGCUCGUGGAUGCUCGGGCAGGCGCUCGCCUUCGCCCCCAAUUUCAACACGGCCAAGAUAUCGGCCGGCAGGAUUUUCAAGCUGCUCGACAGAGUCCCGGAAAUCACCUCGCCACCGGGAUCAGAGGGACAGGAUUCAGAUUGGAAGGCGGACGGCCUGAUACAGUUCUCGAAGGUCGACUUCCAUUAUCCGACGCGAUCGGAGAUGCCGGUGCUCAAAGGGCUGAAUCUGAUCGUGAAGACGGGUCAGAUGGUCGCCCUCGUGGGCCAGAGCGGCUGCGGGAAAUCCACUUGCAUUCAGUUGCUGCAGCGGCUCUACGACCCGAUCUCCGGCAACGUGACUAUGGACCGGCGUGACAUCGCCUCGGUCUCGCUGGCCACCCUCAGAUCGCAGCUCGGUGUCGUCGGGCAGGAGCCGGUGCUAUUCGACAGAACGAUCGCGGAGAACAUCGCCUACGGCGACAACAGCAGGCAGCCGUCCAUGGACGAGAUCAUCGAGGCCGCCAAAAUGUCGAACAUCCAUACGUUCGUCGCCUCGCUGCCGCUGGGCUACGAUACGAGACUGGGAUCAAAGGGCACUCAGCUUAGUGGCGGGCAGAAGCAGCGAAUAGCGAUCGCACGUGCGCUAUUGAGAAAUCCUCGAGUUCUGCUGCUGGACGAAGCCACUUCGGCCCUCGAUACUCAAAGCGAGCAGGUCGUGCAGGCGGCCCUGGACAAGGCCAUGCAGGGCAGGACGUGCAUCACCAUAGCCCACCGUUUGGCCACUAUAAGGAACGCCGACGUGAUCUGCGUGCUCGAUCGGGGCUCCGUGGCCGAGAUGGGCACCCACGACGAUCUGAUGGAGGCUGACGGUCUCUACGCUCACUUGCAUGCUCUCCAGCAGUCCGCUAUGCAGUAGAGGAGCGACUCAUGGUGUCGCGAAUCCUUUCCGCUUUUUCCUCGUUCGCCCGCGACUCGAUCGUUCGCGGUGCACCGAGUGUCGUCUUGAGGGCGCGAUGUCAAGAGGUGGUCGAGCGCGUGAAAAGCGAAGGAGUGAAAACCGCGGAAUGAAACUCGAGUGGCCACUAUCACCACCGCCGAGAGGCCAUGAGAUAGAUGUCCAAGAGCACAAAGUAUAACAGCCGACGUUCAAAGGAACGAACGCCCCGAGAUAGAAAACAGACCCCCGUAGGUUUACGAGCGUUCAACGGUUUAUCACCGUGUCGACUCUGCGACGAGCGUGAUGAUAGGUAGCGCGCCGUUCACGGUUGGGAUCACUAAUCCCGAGGAUCACGAUCUCGAGCGACUGUACUUUCCAGCGGAAGCUUGACCGUAAGUCAAAAUUCGGGGUUUUAUCGACGUCAGAAUUUUCGGAUUUAAUUUUCAGCCAGCCACACGCGAAUAACCCCCCCCCCCCCAUCAACUUGUCGCUCUGCAUGCAUCUUUUUACACGUUGACACGAGUGAAUCGUGGUAGUGUCACCGCGAUUUUCUUAUGAAUGUGAAAACCGUUUUUCCAUAUUUUGAUAAAUAUAUAUUAUUAGAUUUAUGCGUGAACUGUAAUAGCUGUAAUUAACCCCUCGGGCGACUAUAUUUUUCUCUGUAAACAAUCUGGAUCCUUUUUGUCUGAAAUUCAGAAUUACUUUCUAACAUCUCUGCACUAUCAAGUAGUUGUUUAAUUCAUUAAAAAUCUUUAUUCAAUAACAAUUAAAACGGGAGAGUAAAAUUGUACUCGUGCCAAAAAGGAUCCAGAUGGCCGAGAAAGGGUUAACGAAGGCUAAUGAAGCAAGGGCACGAUGAGAACUUGCCUCCUUUUUCUACUCCUUUUUCUCUCUCUACAUUUCUGCGCCCAUCUUAUUCGCGCUCUGUCACAUCUUCACUGGUAGUUUUAUACAUAAUACUUUUUUGCGGCUGGUAGACUUAAGUCCCCCGUCAAACACCUUUUAUCGGGGACACGCACGUUACUUCUCCUGGCGGCCACGUUACUUCAUUAAACAUUGUACCACGCGCGCCCACGUAACGAUUCAACCCCCAUGCCGUCUAGCCAGACGGCGAAACGCGUCACGCGGCAUUAUCCUUAAUGGCAGGCAACGUAAUAGACUUUGCCCGCCACCGCCCCGCCGUUAUUCGUACGCGUCGACUUUCCUCCGUAGCGACCUUCUCAGGUGAUAAUAUUUCUCCGCGCGAUAGUGCCGCACGUACGCCGCGCGAAAUCCUUACGAUCUUUGCGAGAUCGUAUCUCGCGUGACGAGUGCUGGGAAAGAAGGGUGUUACGAAAAGACCCGUUUAUUACUGUGCUCAGUAAAAGUGAAAUAGACAUCUUUUUUUUUUUGACAAUACAUUAAAUUGAAAUUGAAUUAAUUUUUUAUAUAUGUUCCCGUCGUGACGUAAUUUUAAACGGCAAAAGCUGGAAGAAAUGAUGGCACCGGGACUCCGAGAGCCGAGUCGAAUAAGAAAGACGGAGUGCAAACAGGCGCAAUUAGCGUAAUUAAUAUUAUCGAUGCGUCUCUUUUGCGUGUGCCCCGCUAGAUCAGAUAGACGGCGCGACGACAAAUCGAUUGGUUAGCGGGACGUAACUCGCGUAACGAGGCGUGCAAAUGGCGACAGGUGUUCAAGGGCGUGACGCAAGAGUGAGCGUUCCUCCGCUGUCGACGUCACCGUCGUCGUAAUUUCGACAUUGCCACCGGGCGGCAAACUCCAAACGACGUACCAUGAAAAAUGUAUAAGUACUUCUUCGGGAAUAAUACACGCCUUCGCCCUCCCCCUCCCCCUUCGCAUUUCUUCAUUUCUCCGCUCUUUCGCCUGUAAAAUUCAGACGUUCAUCUUUAUUCCCUUCCUGCGGUGUAAAAGAGCGAAUUCCAUUCUCUCACGCGGAUAUCUGUGAAAUAUAUGGCAAACUCACCAGUGGAGGCGAAACGUCGAAUAAACAAAAUUUGCAGAAGGGACGUCAUAAAUUAUCGUCGCUUGCCCUCCCCUCUGCCUUUCUCACACCUUGUGCCUUAAUGACGACACGUUAGUUUAAUGGACUCGCCGUGACGGACAAGUAUAACGAAGAUGAAGCGGUAGGGAAGAGGGGGGGAGAAUGCGAACGCGAUAUCCGUUCGGGUGAUCGGGAAGGGAGGAGGGGAUGGAAAAUGCUCCCUCUCGCCGGAAAAUAUACGCGUUCGCGAGCAUGUGCUGAAUUCGAUCGGGAGGAAUUAUGUAAAGCGGCGCUCGGUGUACGAGUAAAUUUAUUACCGCAAUAACAGUCGUGUGUGCGAUACGUAUGGCGAGGGAAUAAAUAAAAUGAAAUAGAAAAUCAUAUAUAUUUACGAGGGGGAGAGAGGACGCUCUCCGCGGUGCUCCGGCGUUGCCGUAGUGUCCGGGACUCCUAUGUGUACGAAACGAGAAUCGAUAAUCGCGAAACAAUCAGCGAUCCGUGGGACGGCGAUUUCGGCGCUUUCAAACGUGCGGCUGUCAUAAAUUACACUGUCGUAGCCCCGAGUCAUUUCGCGAUUACGUUCUCCCGGUACCUCGGAGUGCCUGCCUCUCCUUAGGGCCUAAUAACAGGACUCGCCUGGGGGCGCGAAGGCUUAUCGGCUUUGGCGAUGAUAUACGCUCGAAGGGCGAAGAAGGCACGUAUAUAUAUAUAUAUAUAAAAAAAGAGGACCCGGGACGAUUUUUCAGAAUUUGCUUCUUCGGCUUAAGGGAACCGCCGCGUUUCUCAGAUGUCAUCUGAGAUCCAUUAGUCGAGAGAUAAAAUUGCGCAAACACGUCGCGGCCGGAUGCGAAAGAGCGAUCGUCGAUUCUAAUCGAGAUACAAUGGGGCAUUAAACCAAUCGCACGUGUCAAGAGUGAUCUUCAUUUCAGCAUUCUUGUAAAAUUAAAAUUGAAAUUUAACGAUUCUCUUGGAAUAUUUCAAAUUAAAAAUUGCCAUUUAGAUUUGCAUUGACAGAAGAAAUAAAUAUACAAAGCAAAUUACGUUAAUUAUAUUUAUACGUUUAAUAUACAAUUAAAAGAGAGAUUUAGAAUAUCGGAGAAAAUGUGCUCUCGUAACUCUAUCGAUCCCUCGGUCAAUCGCAAAUAGCUACUUAAGAUUAAGGCUGCGGCUGUAAUUAAGAACUCAAGAGAUCUUACAAUUAGUUAAGCUAGGACGAAGGAAACUACCUCGGCUCGGACGUAUAUAAAAAAAAAACAGGGUCCGAAAAUUGUGUGUGUGUUUUUGUACGAGAGACAUGCAUGUCGAACUGUUAUCGCGUGCAUUUGCGGUGGUUACGAGGAUGAGGUAUUCAAGCUUUUGUUAUAAGAGAGAAAUAUUGUGUAACGUAAAAAAUAAUAAAGAACACUAUAAAAGAAGGCGAA